CUUGCCGUAGUUCACCCGGAAGUGGCAGUCUGGCGUGGGAGAUGUGGGCGCUGCGGGCGCCGCCGUUGCUGCAGAAGGGGCUCCCUUCCCGGGGCUGGUGUUGGGCGCGCUGGGCCGCCUCCGCGGGGGCCAACAGGGGCCCGAAGGCCAGCCCGGACUCCCGGUACCGCCAGACGGUCUUGCUGCCCCGAAGCGACUUCCCAGUCCAGCUGCCAGGCCGCUUGCAGCCAGAAACUGAGCUGGAGAUACAGCAGAAAUGUGGCUUUUCAGAACUGUAUUCAUGGCAAAGACAAAGGAAGACGAAGAAAGAAUUUUGUCUUCAUGAUGGACCACCGUAUGCCAACGGAGACCCACAUGUUGGCCACGCUUUGAAUAAAAUUUUGAAAGACAUCACUAAUCGAUUUCAUAUGAUGAGGGGCCAUGUGGUGCACUAUGUGCCUGGCUGGGAUUGCCAUGGACUCCCCAUUGAAUUGAAAGCAUUGUCUGGAUGUGAAGAAGAUGAAGAUCUUUCACCAAUGGAAAUCAGACAAAAGGCCAAAGAAUUUGCAGAAAAGGUAAUUGAAAAACAGAAAUCAGCCUUUAUCCGCUGGGGCAUCAUGGCAGAUUGGGAUAACUGCUUCCACACAUUUGACAAGAAGUAUGAAUCAAAGCAACUGAAUAUUUUUCACCAAAUGUAUGAUAAGGGUUAUAUUUAUCAGGAUUAUAAACCAGUGUUCUGGUCUCCUUCAACAAAUACAGCCUUGGCUGAAGCUGAACUUGAAUACAAUCAACAACAUGUUAGUCGUUCAGUUUAUAUCAAGUUUCCUUUGUUGAAACCACCCCCAAAACUGGCUUCAAUUAUAGAUGGAUUACCUGCUGUGAGUUUGAUAAUUUGGACCACACAAGCCUGGACUAUUCCAUCCAAUCAAGCUGUCUGUUACAUGCCAGAUUCAGAGUACUCGAUUGUGAAGUGUACAAAUACCGGGGAACACUUUAUUGUAGCUUCUGACAGAAUUCAGUCUACAGCUGCUCUUUUGGAUACAGAGUUUGAUGUGAUUUCAACAUUUAAAGGAACAGAUUUGGAAAAUAGUGUUUGCUCACAUCCUACAAUUCCUGGAAAGCAGUCCCCUGUCUUGCCUGCAAGCCAUGUGACCAUGUCAAAAGGAACAGGAUUAGUUCAUACGGCACCAGCUCAUGGUAUGGAAGAUUACGGUGUAGCUACUCAUCACCAGCUGCCCAUGGACUGUAUAGUGGAUGAGAAGGGGCAUUUCACAGAAGCUGCAGGUUCUGAACUUCAGAAGAAAGCUGUUCUUGAAGAAGGAAAUGAUGCUGUCAUUCAGAUGCUUCAAGGAGCAAAGAGUUUACUAAAAGAGGAGAAAUGCAUUCAUAGCUAUCCCUAUGAUUGGAGGACUAAAAAACCAGUAAUUAUUCGUGCCAGCAAACAGUGGUUCAUUAAUACAGCAAAUCUCAAGUCUGCUGCUCAGGAUGCAUUAAAGAAAGUAAAGUGUGUUCCAGCCUCUGGGAUGACCAGAAUGUUAGAAAUGCUGGACCGAAGAACAUACUGGUGUAUAUCGAGACAAAGGCGUUGGGGUGUUCCCAUUCCUGUUUUUUACCACAAGACUACAGGAAAACCUUUAAUAAAUCGAAAAAGCAUUGAGAAUGUGAUUAAAGUAGUGGAGCAACAUGGCAGUGAUGCUUGGUGGACCCUUCCUAUUGAGCAGCUUCUUCCCAGUGAAGCAUUGACAAAGCAGGCUGAUAGCCGUGAUGUCCACGAUUACGUACAAGGCCAAGAUGUCUUGGAUAUAUGGUUCGAUAGUGGCACUUCCUGGGCACACGUUCUGGAAGAUGCAGGUGAAACAGCAGAUUUAUACUUAGAAGGGAAGGACCAGCUGGGAGGCUGGUUUCAGUCAUCUCUCCUGACUAGUGUUGCUAUACGAAAGAAAGCACCAUAUAAGACUCUUGUGGUUCAUGGAUUCACCCUUGGUGAAAAAGGAGAAAAGAUGUCUAAAUCAGUUGGCAAUGUGGUGGACCCAGAUGUGGUCAUCAAUGGAGGCAAUGACCACAGCACUGAACCUCCAUAUGGUGCUGAUAUUCUGCGCUGGUGGGUAGCAGAGUCAAAUGUCUUCACAGAAGUGCUGAUUGGGCCAGCUGUGCUCAACUCUGCGCGGGACGACAUCAACAAGCUUCGGAACACACUCCGUUUUUUGUUAGGCAAUCUUGCAGGCUUCAGUCCAGAAACAGACUCAAUCCCCACAUCAGAGAUGUAUUUAAUUGACCAGUAUAUGCUUCACUUGCUACACAACUAUGCAAACAAGGUUACUCAGGCAUAUAAAGAAUAUGACUAUGGAAAAGUCAUCCGAUUACUGCAAGCCUUCCAUACAAGAGAAGUAUCUAGCUUUUACUUUAGUAUAAUCAAGGACAGACUGUAUUGCGAAGAAGAAAAGGAUCCAAAACGCCGUUCAUGUCAAACAGCUUUAGGAGAAGUUUUUGACACAAUGGUUCGUUCUUUUGCACCAAUCCUUCCACAUCUAGCUGAAGAAGUGUUUCAAUAUCUUCCUUAUAGGAAAGAGUCAGAUAGUGUGUUUCGUUCUGGAUGGAUGAACACAAGUCCUGUAUGGAAGAAACCAGGCCUGGAAGAAGCAGUGGAAGGAGCCUGUGCGAUGCGAGAUGCUUUCUUGGGUUCCAUUGCAGGGAAAAAUGCUCUGGAAUAUCAAGUGGUCCUUAUAAUUGAGCCAGGACUACUCUUUGAAUUAAUGGAGGUGCUGCAACAUGAGGAGUGUUCUAGUACAUCCCAGCUAAAUGAAAUAAUGAUGGCAUCGCAGACGACACUGCUGGCUGAAAUACCUAGAGAGAUGGCAACUGAGGACAUGAUUAAAGGAACAUUUCUGAUAAACUUAGAAGAUGGUGAUAUCCGUGAAGAAUCCUCCUAUAAAGUCAUAGUUCUACCAGCUGCCAAAUUAAAAUGUCUCCGCUGCCGAAGAUACACUGCAGAUUCAACAGACACACCCUGUACACGCUGUAUGGAAAUACUCGGUGGGAAAUGAUGCACAUUUGAAAUAGUCAGGCUGCUUCCAUGGUUGCAUGAAGGCUGAUGGUUUAUGGAAAAUUUGAAAGAAUGUGGAAAUAUGUAUGAGGAAAACAUAAGGUUUCUGUGAAAUGAGUGGUGGAGAGAAGUCUGAAAAUGGAUACUGUAUAUAUUUCAGCUUGUAUACUUAAUAAAAUGCUCACUGGCUCUCUCCUAACAUGA